CACGCAAAAAUCUCACACACCCGUUACAAUCACUAUCCCUCUCUCGCUCUCUCGCUCUCUCUCUCUGCCCAGCGGUUUGUGAAGAUGUACAGGCGAUUGACGCACAGUGCCGAACGGCUGGCCGUUGGAUUGAAAAUUAAGAACAAGCUCAAGAACAUGUGCUUUUUACUUGUAGCAGGGCUAAGAGGGUUUGGCCAUUGGCCCCUGUUAGUUGGGAUGAUGUGCCAUCUGGUUCUGGAUCUUUUAAAUCUUGGUGGUGCUAAAAUUUGUGAAGCUGACAAAAAGGAAAUUUCUCAGCCAAGGAUUUGUUCAGUGAUUGCUAAAGGACGCAUCAUGAGAUUCAUUCAAGUUGCUUGGCCUCCAUCAUCUGGGUCCAGAUUGCUCGGAGCCACCGAAGAAGCUGUCCUGCCUGAGGUGUUGUCCCGGCAUAAGUCGAUAGCUAUCUCAUGGUUGCAGCCGCACCCCAUCGCCCUCACUUAGGUUUGGCAUCCACCAAGGCACCUCAUCGUCCUCGAAGAAGAGAAUUAAAAAUUCAUCUUUUAUUUAUCAUUAUGUUUUGUCAAACCUAUCUAAACCAUUUACUUUCUCACUAAUAAUUUAUACUUUAAAUUUCUAAUACUACACAUUACAUAAUUGUAAAUGUAGUCGUAGUACAUCAAAUUGUUCAUGGAUAUUUUACAUUUCAUUUUAUCAUGAUUAUUAAAUUGCACGAUUUUUCGUGGUACGUGAUAAACCUUGUUUGGCUUUUAAAAGAAUCAAGCCCCCCAGCUUGGCAGCUCGACUUGACUCGUUAAGACUUGA